AUGGAAAAGCUUGUAGAUCUUCCGUUUGAAGUAUUGGAAAUAAUAUUUCAACAAAUAAAUCAUCACAUGGUAAUAGCCUUAAUGCCAUUACAUUCUCAAUUUCACAAAAUAGGUCAAAAAAAGUUAUACAAAAAUAUUCAUAUUUAUGUCAAAUGUAAUUCAAUAAAAGAUUCCUCUACUGAAGCAAAUAAGCCAAAACACACAUCCGGCAAUAGGUGGAGAGCUCAUAAGGACAUUUUGAAUGACUUUACUAGAAAGUUUACCGUAAUUUCAUUAUGUUGUUUUUAUAACAACAUAAUUAUGAAAAAAAUCGAUAGAUAUCAGCAUGUUCAACAUCUAAGUAUUGAAGAUGUGGAAUCAGUGUUUUAUCCUCGAAACUCAUUAUCUAGAGAGUAUCCUGAAGGAGCUCCAUCUUUAAGGAAAAUUUUUAAGUAUUUUAAAAAUUUAGAUUAUGUUAGUUUUGCUAUGUCAAACAACCAACUUGAUUCAAAAAACAUAGACAGUUCUCAUGAUUUAAUGGUUGGUGUAAUUUCUUGGGGUGUAUUUUAUUAUCUACGUGAUUUUGUUGCAGCUUUGGAGCGUAAUUAUCAAGUGUCAUAUAAUUUCUUAUAUGAUAAUCUCAAAAGUUUUAAAUUUUACUUUCUUCCAUCCCAUAGUUCAGGAAUGAGGUACAACUGCGACACUGAUUUAAUUGGAUCAAUUAAUACAUUUAAUAAAAUCAAUUCAUUCAAAAAGCUUGAAGAAUUACAUCUUGUAUUUGAAAACCUCGUUGACUUGAUGGAUCCAUCAUUGCUUGGUAGAUUAAAUAAAAUAAACUGCAAAUUGAAGAAACUUGAUUUAACAUUUUGGGGAAAGCUCAAAUAUUCUGAUCAUUGGGAUAGUCAAGCCUUUUACGCUCGGUCGAAACCUGGAAAAUGGUUAUUCACAUUAAAUGAAUUUUUUGAUACAAAAGAAAUUAUCUCGUUGUCAUUAGAUUAUCAUAACAAAACAUAUUCUGCGGAUCAUUAUAUUUUUCAAGAGUUCAAUUUUGAGGAGAUAUUAUGCAAUGCAAACUUACCAAAAUUGAGAAAUUUAGUUCUAUCAUCACCAACUUUAGAUUUGAAACUGAUUGAUGUGUCAAACUUACAUAAAUUGUUAAUAUGUACCGAAAUUGCUAACGAUAAGUAUGCUGCAGAAAUUGCCAAACUUUAUCUUAUAAAUUCGAAUUUAAGAUUAUCUUGGUGGCCUCGAUUUAUGAGUCAAGUAAAACAUGAGUUUUGUACAUGGGAUAACUUGCAAAUAAACACGCCUGAUUAUUUUCAAGUUAUAUCUUGUCAAUGGCCUUCAUAUCUCUUCACAAGUGAUAAAAUUUCAAUUGAAAGAAUUGAGUCAACUUCUGAUAAAAAAGGUCUUGUCAAUCACAAUCAUUUAAAACAACUAGACAUUGGUUUAAAAAACGAAUACUCAAUUGAGGAACUUUAUGAAAUGGAUCUUUUUAAUACUUUUAUCAUUGAGAAGUCUGUUUUAGAAGUUAUCAAGAGAAAUGAGCAUAUUCCAUUUUUAAGUAAGUAG